CGAAAAGAAGUCAAAGAUUUGCAUAUGAAAAGAUGUUGAAAAUUUGGGAAUUUUAUGUGAAAGAUCUACUAUUCAUAAGUGGGAAAUUAUAAUUGGUUUCAGUAUAUUCUUGUAAACGUCUGGCACAAAAUUUGGAUAUAGGAGCAUAUUCGUUCGGGAAAACGGUCUUUUUUAACCUCAACUAUUUGUUGGCGGGUUUUUCCAACCCAAACUAUGAACUCCAGUCGAUUUCAACCCAAACCUAAAAAUAAUUCAAAACAAUGUUAGUUCGGAAGUUAACGAUUUUCAAGGUUAUUUGAUUUUAUUUUCAGGAUUUGUUGAAUGCUAUAGAGAGAGAAUUACCUAAGGUUGAACAAUCGUUAACUUCCGAACUAACACUGUUUCGUGUCAUGUUGAAAUCGGCUCAUUUACAUUAGUUCAAGUUUCGAUUUUGAAUUAGUUUUAGGUUUAGGUUGAAAUCGACUGGGGGUCAUAGUUUGGGUUGGAAAAAUCCGCCAGUAAAUAGUUGAGGUUGAAAAAUACCGUUUUCCCCCAUAUUCGUCCUCAAAGCACAAUGGAGCAUAGACAUUAAAAUCCGGUUAUCUCCGGUUUAAGAAGAGUGAAAGAAGCAAUUGAUUUGCGUUCACACCUGUUCGGUUUCUUUAUGUCGCGUGGGUUGGUUGAACCAACAGAAAUACGGAGGAAAUUAAACACAUAUCUUAAACCGAACAUAACCGGGGUUGUAAAAAUUAUAACGAUUUGUGGCGAUUCCGUUUAGAUCGGAUAAAAAUCUGCACGACAAAAGUUUCCAUCUUCUUCCUCUGCCAACUUAUAAUCCCGUCAAAGAUCUUUCCUUUAUUUCUCUUCUGGUUUCUUUGUGGUUUCCUGGAGGCUCUCAGCAUCUUCGAGUCGUUGAGAGGAUGCGUUAGAAGAGAGUCUCCUCUGAAUCAUUGGAACAAAAUAGUCUUCGAAUCUCCAAGACUCUAUUGACUGGCCAUGGCUGCUGAUACCACAGCUUCAAGUUACUGGUUGAAUUGGAGGGUCCUCCUUUGUGCAUUAAUCCUCUUAGCUCCACUAGUUUUAGCAGCUGUUCUCAUUUGGAAAUAUGAAGGCAAGAGAAGAAGGCAACGCGAGAGCCAGCGAGUAUUACCCGGGACAUUGUUCCAAGAUGAAGCUUGGACCACAUGUUUUAAAAGAAUCCACCCUCUUUGGUUGCUUGCCUUUAGAGUAUUCUCCUUUGUUGCAAUGUUGACUCUGCUCAUCUCCAAUGUUGUGCGAGAUGGAGCCGGCAUAUUCUACUUCUAUACUCAGUGGACAUUUACUCUUGUCACACUCUACUUUGGGUAUGCUUCGGUGUUGUCUAUUUAUGGAUGCUGCAUCUACAAUAAAGAAGCUGGUGGAAACAUGGAGACUUAUACAAGUAUAGGUGAUACGGAACAAGGCACUUAUAGACCACCAAUCGCCCUUGAUGGGGAGGGAAAUACGUCAAAAUCAUCCAAUAUACAUUCAGAAGCACCCGUCCGAGAAUCAGCGGGGUUUUGGGUUUAUACCUUUCAGAUCCUUUUCCAAACUUGUGCAGGUGCUGUUGUGCUAACAGAUAUAGUAUUUUGGGCAAUAAUCUACCCGUUUACUAAAGGUUACAAGCUGAGUUUUCUCGAUGUUUGUAUGCAUUCUCUCAAUGCUGUUUUUCUCCUUGGUGACACAAGCCUCAAUUCCUUGCGAUACCCUCUGUUCCGGAUCUCUUACUUUGUACUUUGGAGCUGCAUUUUUGUAGCUUACCAAUGGAUAAUCCAUGCCGUCAAGAACUUAUGGUGGCCAUACCAAUUUCUUGAUCUUUCGUCACCAUAUGCACCCUUAUGGUACUUGGGAGUGGCUGUGAUGCAUAUACCGUGCUUUGCGGUCUUCGCUUUGAUCAUAAAGCUGAAGAAUCACUUGCUGCAGCGGCACAAGUCGUAAUAGUUUUGGUUUGCCCGAAUUCAGUUUUCAUCUUCUAUUUGUUGAGAUUCUUGUUCACGAGAAAAUAACACACAUGGAGAGACAAUGGUCAUGGUCAAAGUCACAGUCAAUAAGAAAGUUAGAGAAAGUCAAACCCUCUUUGUGGAUAAGAGGCUAGCCAGGAGAAAGAAAGAGGAAGGCAAGGGAUCUGAAAAUAAUACAAUUGUUGUGUAACUUGUAAAGAUGCGACAAAAUAAGUUAUGAGAAAUUAAUAAAUAUUAUUUUCUUUAAAAAUAAAAGUUGGUUAUAUCA